AUGAUGGAUUUUGUUUGUAUCAUAUUAAAAAUGAAAAGUAGUAUGUCUAAAGAAGAAAAGUGGUUUCAUCCAAGCAAAUUACCACCAAGUGAUUACCAAUCCAAUAUUAUUCAAGAUCAUAAUAGCAAAUCAUUUUAUCCAUUCCAUACUGAACUGGGUUAUAGAAUUUUUAAAAGAAUAAUAGAAAUGAAACGAACAAGUAUAGAACAGCAAAAUAAUGAAGAAAUUCCAUAUCAUUCAAAAUAUGUUAAUCAAAUGAAUAAAGAUAAGUAUUUCUCUUUGAAACAAGAUGUUUGUUCACAGAAACCUAACUUAAUUCCAUCGAAUUCAACAUUGAAUCAAUUUGGAUCCAUGGAAAAUAUGCCAAAAUUUCAUUUAACUUUAAAAUGUGAUAUUGAUGAUAUGGAUGAAUCGUAG